CGUUCGUGUGGAAAAUCUCCGAAUUCUACGACCCACUCUUCUCAGCUCUCACUUUUCUCGUAUUUCUCUCUCAAAAAAAGAAAAGAAAAGAAAAGGCCCAAUCAUUUUCUUUCUUUCUCUGUGUUUGGCCACAAGUGCAUGACAUUAAAUACAUUGCUCGCUACUAGAAUUUGGAUUGUUUCUCUAGACGAGAGAUACAGAGAAAGAGCGUGUGGGAUCAGACGGUGUGUAGGUGGUGAAUCGGUCUUUCUUCUUCUUGUUAUUCGCCCUCAUUCUUUGACUUUGGAAUUCCAUUUCACUCUCCUUUUUCUCUUCUCGAAUUGACAGCCUUUUCUGAUCAUUUCACGGGGGUCUUUGGAGAAUCCAAUAUCUCCGAAGCCCAUUUCUUCAAUUCUCCGCCUUUAUCUUCUUCAGUUCUUCUGAAUUUUGCAUGAGCAUUUCGUGGGAUCAUACAAUUUGGUUUCUUUUCAUUGAAGAUCCAUUGGUGGGAGUUAAUUGAAGCCAAAUUCGAAACUGGGUCUUUGACGGUUUCGAAUUUGCUUUCAAAAUGUGUAUUUUCUGAGCUGCCGAGUUUUAAUUUACUCGCGUGUCCGUUAUAAAUAGACAACAUUAAGGUAAAGAUUUUGGUUUAUUAUCCAUUGUAAAAUUCUCUAUUCUCUUUCGAAAUUUGAUCUUCAUUUCCAGGAAGCUGUGCUUUCAUUCAUCGAAUCUGCACAAAAAAAAAACCCAACCCAUCCAGCUCAUUCACACGGGGAAUGUUCUUUUUAGUUUAAUUUCCUAAUCCCAAUUAUAAUACUAUUCAUUCAAAAUCGCUUCUUUAGUUCAAAUUCUUGGCAUUUGCUUUCUUUCCAAUCAAAUCUUGAUUGAUUUUGUGUUGCGCGGCUAAUGGGUUGCGCAAGCUCGAAGCAAAAGCGAUGCCGGCACUGCCAGAGCCACUAUUCCCCUGUUCCCAGAAGCUACUCUAUGCACGUCCACCACCCACCAGAGAGCCGCGGCGACAGCUACCAUGUCGUCGCUCUCACCUCCUCCACGUUGGGCUCGCUCAACCAAAUCAACCAUUCCAACAACAAGAUCAUCGACGUUGGCGACGAUCUCAACGAAGGUAAUGGCUGCUACAAUGGCUAUGUCGAUGAAACCGAGAAGAAGAAAAGUAAGGAAUUCACAAUAGGCCUAAUUGAAGCCAAGACGUGGUCCAGCAUGAUCGAAGAGAAAAUCCCGAAAAUUAUACCGAAGACGCCGAUUAGAACUCCACCAGGAGAGCCCGAGACCAUCAAUGCGUGGGAAUUGAUGGAAGGCCUUGAAGACGUUAGUCCUCUCCGGUCCCCAAUUCAUCUCAGGAGCUUUUCUUUUGAUAUCGUUCGCAAUCCAAAUCCGAUUCAGAAUCCGUUCGAUCGCCCGAAAUCAAGGUUUCAAGAGGACGGCGCGGCCUCGCCUAAGCCUAUGUGGCUUCAUAUGGCCGAAGGCGAGCCUGUAAUUUCGGACUUUGAUCCCGAAGUCAUUUCUACGUUCAGAAAAUCACUCCAAGAGCUUCCAUCCGAUAACCCAUUUCAUCUUCGGCCAUUGGACAAUGAGAAACAACAUCAUCAAGAAGUAAUUGCAGAAUCCGGCAAUGAAAAGAAGGUAGACGGUACUGUUAGUAAUGGCUACAAAUGCGGGAAGGAUAAGGUUGUUUUGUAUUUCACGAGCCUCCGAGGUGUGCGGAAGACGUUCGAGGACUGUUGCCAUGUGAGAGUGAUCAUAAAAGGCCUUGGAAUCCGAGUCGACGAGCGGGACGUGUCAAUGCAUUCCGGGUUCAAGGAGGAGCUGAAAGAGCUAAUGGGAGAAGGGUUUAGUGGCGGUGGCUUGCCGAGGGUGUUUCUGGGGGAAAAGUACAUCGGCGGGGCUGAAGAAAUCCGGCUAUUGCACGAGGAUGGGCAGCUCGAGAAGUUGGUAGAGUUUUGCGAAAGAGUGGAUGACGGUGGUCAUGGUGCUGGUUCAGCUUGUGAGGCUUGUGGGGAUGUAAGGUUUGUGCCUUGCGAGACUUGUUCCGGUAGUUGUAAAAUUUAUUAUGGAGGUGAUGAAGAAAAAGAAGAAUCAGAAGAAGCAGCAGAAAAAGAAGAAGAAGAAGAAGAAGAAGAAGGAGGAGGAGGAGGAGGAGGAGAAGGGGGUGAGGAUGGUGAGUAUGGAUUCCAACGUUGCCCUGAUUGCAAUGAAAAUGGGCUUAUACGCUGCCCCAUAUGUUGCUGCUAUUAGUUUUCAGUCUCAUUAGCAAAGGUUCUUUUCCAAAUUUUGUGUCCAUCUCUUUCUGCUUUUUUCGUGAGUUGUUUGUUGUACAGUAGAGUAUUGUUAUUGUUUGACUGGAGAUGAAUGAGAAGAACUGUAGUAGGAGAGGGUGAUCAAUAAGGUUGUUCUAAAGCAGGUUUCCUCAACCUCAGAUUGAGUUGUUGUAAGGGCUGUCUGUAUACUUUAUAUUUUUUUUUUUUAAUUUUUUCAGAAAGCAAAAGAGGCUUGUAUACUUUUCUCCUUUACAUGUAUAUUAAAAGAUACUACAUGAAAAUGUGCAUCUGCAGCUCA